UGAUGUGGCUGGGUACAUCCGGGAGGAGUGGGUUGUCUGGACCCUGCCCAGAAAAUCCUCUCCAGGGUUGCCAUCCAGCAGGUUUAGAAGAAUGGGCUCUCAAUGGGAUUUCCAGACCCUCUGUGAUCUCUCAGCUUGAGCAGAAAGAAGAACCAUGGGUCCUGGAUCUCCAGAGCUUGGAGGAGGGGGAGAUCCUGAGAGAAGCUCACACAGACUUUGAGAACCAGGUGGAAAAGCUGAACCAGGAAGUUUCCGAGACAACAGAACAAUUUGGGCCAUCUUUAGGAAAGUCCCCAAAAGAUAUUUCUCAGAAUCCUGAUUGGGAGAGAAAAUGGGAAAGGGAGCAUGUAUUAGAAAGGCAACAUGGACCUCUCACAGGGGAGGGACAAAAGGAGCAUCUUUCCAAGGAGAGACAUUUAAAUAAGCUCCUAGGGAGAUAUGUAGGGGGGAAACCCAAUGUGUGUGCUGAAUGUGGAAAAAGCUUUAACCAGACUUCUUAUCUUAUGAGACACCUGAGAACCCAUACUGGAGAAAGGCCAUAUAAAUGCCUUGUAUGUGGGAAAGCCUUCAAACAGAGCUCAGACCUUGUUACCCACCGUCGAACACACACGGGAGAGAAGCCCUACAAAUGUAACGGGUGUGAAAAAAGUUUUGGUGACAGCUCAACUCUCAUCAAGCAUCAGAGGACCCACACAGGCGAGAGACCCUACGAAUGCCCAGACUGUGGGAAGACCUUUAGUCGGAAGCCACACCUUAUCAUGCACCAAAGAACCCACACAGGAGAGAAGCCCUAUAAAUGUCUCGAGUGUCAGAAAAGCUUCAGUCGGAGUUCAAAUUUCAUUACCCAUCAAAGGAUCCAUACUGGAGAGAAACCCUAUACAUGUAAUGACUGUGGGGAGAGGUUUAGCCAGAGCUCAGAUUUGGUUAAGCACCAAAGAACCCACACAGGAGAACGACCUUAUAAAUGCCCUGAGUGUGGGAAAGGCUUCCGAGACAGUUCCCAUUUUGUAGCCCACAUGAGCACUCACUCAGGAGAGAGACCCUUUAGCUGUCCUGAAUGUGAUAAAAGUUUCAGUCAGAGUUCUCACCUUGUCACCCACCAGAGAACACACACUGGGGAGAGACCUUAUAAGUGUGAUGAUUGUGGGAAAGGAUUCACUGACAGUUCUGCCCUCAUUAAGCACCAACGGAUCCACACAGGUGAAAGGCCCUAUAAAUGUGGGGAAUGUGGCAAGAGCUUCAAUCAGAGUUCCCAUUUUAUUACCCACCAGAGAAUCCACUUGGGGGAGAGACCUUAUAAAUGCCCAGACUGUGGCAAAAGCUUUAACCAGCGUUCACACUUCAUAACACACCAGAGGACACACACAGGGGAAAAACCUUUUCAGUGCACCAAGUGUGAGAAGAGCUUUCGGCAGAAAGCACAUCUUUUAUCCCAUCAAAACACCCAUUUAACUUAAGUAAUACCCAUUAGUCUCGCUCCAUUCUCUGUAAACCUGCUAGUAAAUAACUUUUGCCACCCCAUACAGAAAUCCCAGAACCAGUCAUGAGGAUCUUUCCAUAGCCUACCCUGACUGCCUGUUCCUCAUAUUGGAGAGGAUAACUCUCUAAUGAUGACUCAUAUGUUAUUUUGCACAGAGUGGACAGGCAGAAGUGAUUGGAUGCUAAUACACAGUGUGUGGUUCAUAGACAAUAAAUGCUUGCUGCUGUAGACUGUAGAAGCUUAGUACACACUUACCAAAAGAGCCAUGAAGUUGGUGUGGACUAGGUAAAUUAUUAAUAGUCUAGGCCCAUACAUAGCCUUUAAAAAUGUAGUGUGUAUCCAAAGAGAAGAAUUUGUAUACAGCUGGAAAAGGGUAUUGCCUUGUAUUUUCAGGCAUUGCUCUGCUCUGUCCUUGCUGCCACAAAAAGAAGCAUAGUGGGUUGAAAAGACCUGGUGCAGGCUGGAAGCCUUUGAGAAACUUUUCACAAAGUUUAGCUAAAGCUGGUCCUUAUUGGACUGUUAAAGGCUAGAGUCUAUUCCCAAGUUGAUUGCAGUUUGCUGUUCUCAUUUUUGAGGCAUAUAGACUGUGGUUCAGCAUACCAAAGGCACUGGGAAAAGAACCUUAGUUUGGUGGAAUAUAAUCAUCAAAAGGUUUAAGCGAUAACAGGACUCAGUAUUUCCAUGACAACAGAAUGGGAAGUAAGAGCCAAUUCCUCAAUCUGCUGGGAGUUUUAUCCCUUACACCAAUAAUUAUGUGCUUAUAUAACCCUGAGUCACUGAUUCUAUGCAUUUUUGUCUCCCUCUGCUCUAUUUCACAGGAAUAAAUUCCUUAAGUCUUAAGAAUGCUUUUCUUCCACUGGGU